AUGUCGGCAACUCUUCCUCCUGACUAUAAAUUCGUUCCUUCUGAUGCUGAACUGAUUGGGUUUUAUCUCUACAACAAGGUACACAAUUUACCUUUUUCCCGUGAUACCAUCCCAGAAUGUGACCUCUAUGGUAGACAAGAACCCUGGCAAAUUUGGGAAAUGUAUGAAGGACCCAAAUUGGCCAAUCAAGAUCUCUACUUUUUCACUCUAUUGAAGAAAAAAUCCAACAAGGGCUCAAGGAUUUGCAGAGGAGUGGGUUCUGGAACAUGGCAGGGUGAAGAUGGGGCAAAAGAAAUUAAAUUUGAAAAAACCCACUUGAAAAUUGGGUUAAAGAAGCGGUUUAGAUACGAGAGUAAAGGUUCGGAACACAAUGGGGAUACGAGAGUAAACGUUCGGAACACAAUGGGGUUGGAUAAUGCAUGA